AUGCAUCUCCCCACAACACUCACCUACAUCUCCCUCGUCGCCACCUCAGCCUUUGCCCUCCCAAAGGCCACAAAACCCCCAUACUUCAUCCUCGCUGGCGACUCAACAACAGCCGUACAGUCUGAGGGCGGCGGUGGCUGGGGCACCGGCUUCCUGACUACAACCCUCACAAGUGGCGCCUCAGGCGUCAACUAUGGUCACAAUGGCGCAACAACAGUCUCCUUCCGUCAAGGCGGCGACUGGGCGACCGUCCUCGCCUCCGCAAAGAACGCCUCAAAGAACUACACACCCUACGUGACCAUCCAAUUUGGCCACAACGAUCAGAAACCCGACAAGAACAUCAGCGCGGCACAACUCACCACCAACCUCGUCGCUUUCGUCGACGAAGCCAAGAAAGCAGGCGCCACACCCAUCCUCGUUACGUCUUUGAGCCGCCGCAAGUACGGCACUGACGGAAAAAUCAAGCCAGACUUGGCCGAUGUAGUUGCAGCGGCGAAGAAUGCGGCGGCCGAGUCGGGCGCUGAUAUUAUUGAUUUGAAUGCGGCGAGUACCAAGUAUUUGAAUGCGAUUGGUCCGGAGAAGGCGCCUACAUAUGACCUCAAGGCUGGUGAUAGCACGCAUUUGAACGCGGAGGGGAGUGUUGUGUUUGGAAACCUAGUGGCUAUGCUGAUCAAGAAGGAGGUACCAGCUGUGAGCAAGUACCUUAAGCCGGUCAAGGCUGUGCAGAGUGCGCUGGAGAAGGGUAUUUACAUCUUCCCCAAAGUUUAG